GGGCCACGACGUGAGACGUGCUGGAAGGAGACGAGUGUGAACAUGGCCCAGCGCUCCCGUAGCCACGCCCCCUCCGUAGCCCCGCCCCCCGCCGCUAGCGGGGCGCGCGUUGCUAUGGCGACGCUUGGCGUCCGGCGAGCGCAACGAGAUGCCCGCCAGCAUCCCCCCGUCCCCCAGCCGGGCCCCCGGCCGGCAAAGAAUCAGCGGCACGGCGGAUGAGACGCUGCUCGGGGAGAGCCGGGCCUUUGGAUCUGGGGCUGUGGGGGCAAAUCCCCUAGACAUCGUGUUUGGCAGAGCUCAUGGGAACCGAGGAGUCUCGUGCCCCAUGCACGGGGGGCAGGAGACCCAUAGGAAACACCGUCCGUCCUUGCAGAGCCCAAUGCCAUCGCGCUCCGGCAGCCCCAUCGUGAUCCUUCGGGAUGCGCGAACUGCCCCGAAAGCGUCUCACAAACCCGAGACCAUCCGGCUCAUCACCAAGGACUUCGUCCGGGACGUCGUCGUCCCCGUGGAGAACCCGCCGGCGUCCCUUGUCAUGGGCCGGGAGGAUUUCCAGCGCAUCCAAGCGGCGGCUCGAGUCCUGAGCAAGCAGGAGCGCGAGGCCAGGCUGGCGGCGCUCAAGGCGGAGAAGGAAGCCGCUCUCGACGCCCUGCACGAGCGCAUGAGAGCGGAGAAGGAAAAGGCGGCGCGGCAGCAGGCGGGGAAGCUGAGCGACCUGGAGGAGGAGGCGAAGGAGCGGAUGCAGCACCUGCGGCAGCGGGCGAGCAGGAUGCGCAUGGAGCAGGAGGAUGAGAUCAAGGAGUUCAGCGAGAUGGUCCUCGGCGCCAAGUGCCACAUGAUCCGCGACAUGCAGAUCCUGGAGAAGCGGCUCAUCACCAAAGAGCUGGAGGAGGAAGAGAAGCGCUUGGACAAGAUGAUGGAGGUGGAGAGGACAAAGGCCAACGAGAUGCAGGAGGAACUGGAGCGCAGAAGGAAGGAGGAGAUGAUCAGAGGGAGGCAGGAGAUUGUGAAGCAGAUGGAGAAGAACGCGGAGGAGCGGGCUCUGAGGGCCGAGCAGCAGGACCAGGAGGUGCAGGAGAUGCUCAAGUACCUGGAGCGGCUGAAGAUGGAGGACUUGAAGGAGAUGGAGCGGAAACGGGAGGAGCAGAACAGAAUCCAGGCCGAGAUCAGACGCGUCAACGACGAGAACCAGAGGCGCAAGGAGGAGCAGCGGGAGCGGGAGAGGAUGGAGGACGAGCGGGUGCUCGAGUACCAGCGGCAGAAAAUGGAGCGCGAGGCCGAGCUGGAGGCUGAGCAGGAGAGGAUCCGCCAGGAGAAGGAGAAGGAGACGGCGCGCUUGAGGGCCAUGCAGGAGAGGGCCCAGGACCACAAGGCAGAGCAGGACGCGCUGAGGGCCAAGCGCAGCCAGGAGGCUGCGGAGCGCGAGUGGCGGCGCAAGGAGAAGGAGGCGGCGCAGCGCCGGGCAGAGACGAACCGGCUGCUGAAGCAGAGCCGGAUGGAGCAGAUCGCUCAGCGGGAGCACAGCAUGGCCGUGCAGGUGCAGCAGGACCGCGACGAGUUCGAGAGGAUCCUGCGAUGCGGGAGCGGCAGCAGCAGCUGGCGCGGGAGCGGGCGGCCGCCUUCGAGGAGGGCAGGCGGCUGCAGGAGGAGGCUCGGCAGCGCAGCCAGCGCAUCGCCCAGCUCAAGCAGCAGAAGAUACAGGAGCUCAGAGCCUGCGGCAUCCCCGAGAAGUACUGUGCCCAGCUGGAGCGGAGGGCGCUGGCGCAAGCGGGCGCAACCCCCAACCAGGCUCAGCCCCAGGAGGACCAGAGCUCCAGUUCCAUCACGACUUAAGACGUUCGAUUUCCUUAGGCUGAGCUUUCUGCGAACAGAGAUGUUUUACGGAUCAGACAGCGGCUUUCGCCCUUCUCUCCCUUGGGGUGUGUGGGCCAGGAGUUUGGGGCUGGAGUAGCCCAAAUCAUUGUCCAACCUGCCCCACUCGCAGGACUCACAUGGCCACUCGUAGGUGGCCCGUGUCCCCAGAGGGAACAGGAGUGUCCCCAGAGCCUUGGCACAGCUUGGUGUCAGCACCAAAGCGUCUCAGAGCGGGGUGGGUGUCCCCAGUCCACACAGGGGGGCUCAGGAAGGGUCCCCAGGAGCCACACAGGCUCUUCUCCUCACACACAGCCCUGGCUGGGCCACCUUGUCACCGAGGUGUCACCUGCGGGCCCUGCAGCGGUGGCCUCGUUCGGGGACUAAACAAGGAGACCAAGCAUGAUGCAAAGAUGUAAAAUCCAUUUGGAUGGGGACCGGCAGAUUCAGAAGGGCCGGGAGCCCGUAGGAGUGGCUCUGAUUAAUUGUCAGAGCAGCUGAAAAAUAAGGAGAGCUGGCAAAGGCAAGACUGCCCAGGGCAGGGGAACGGCACGGAGGACUCGCUGGAACCCCGAGCCUGCUCCAGGCCGGGUAAAUAGGGAGAAGGAAACGCUGUGGCCCUUUGUUGUCCCUUCCUUGUCGCUUCUCCAGCUUCUGCGUGUCCCCACAUGGUGACACAGCCCGGCAGGGAGGUCCCUUUUGGGGCAUGGGCUCUGCAGACCUGACAUGAGUGAGUCACCAUGGCCACCGAGCCCGCUGCGACCCCUCGGUGGCUGGUGCUCUGUGCCAGGCUCCGCCGCCACACCUCGGUCCCCUGUCCCCAGUGCCGUGUCACUCUGGGUCACCACCUUGCUCAGGCAGUCACAGCCUUAUUCUAGGCCAGGCUCAGCCCCGGAGGGUUUCAAAGCCACCGCGCCGGCCACAGCGAGGGGACAGUGACCACCGGCGGGCGGCCAGCCGGGGUGGAGCGGCUUCCCCACCCUUCCUGCGUGAGGAGUCACCGGCUGGGAGCCGGCAGCGCCGCGGCCGGGAGCCCCGAGCCACCGUGAGCCACCGUGAGCCACCGUGAGCCACGGCCCCGUCACGGGGAACGGCCCCAGCAGGCGGCUCCUCGCGCCACGGCGGUGCCGGGACACGCACAGGGGGCCCCAAAAUCACAGACAGGGCCAAGCACGUGCCGGGCUGGGCCCCAGUUCCCAGCACGGGGCUGGUGAGGGUUAACUGGCAGCACGAGCCGGGAAAUGGAGCAGCUCUUGGCCCCAGGGAGGGUUUGGGACCGGCUGGGCGGUGCUGCUGAGCCGGCUGGGACAGUCUGGGCUGGAAAGCAGCAGCGCGGCGGAGCUGUGCCGCAGGCAGUGCCCGGCGAGCCGGACAUGGCGCCUGAGCCGCAGUGCCGGCACAGACCAGGGCGGGGGCUCGGCCAGCCCACAGGCCUGCAUCUGCCGCACAGCAUCCCUGUCCCAGCUCCACCAUCCCUGUCCCAGCUCCUGCAUCUGCCGCACAGCAUCCCUGUCCCAGCUCCACCAUCCCUGUCCCAGCUCCUCCAUCCCUGUCCAAGCUCCUGCAUCCCUGUCCCAGUUCCUGCAUCCCUGUCCCAGCUCCUGCAUCUGCUGUAGAGCAUCCCUGUCCCAGCACCACCAACCAUCCCUGUUCCAGCUCCACCAUCCCUGUUCCAGUUCCACUAUCUCUGUCCCAGCUCCACCACCCCUGUCCCAGCUCCUGCAUCCGUGUCCAAGCUCCUGCAUCCCUGUCCCAGCUCCACCAUCCCUGUCCAAGCUCCUGCAUCCCUGUCCCAGCUCCACCAUCCCUGCCCCAUCUUCUCCAUCCCUGUCCAGGCUCCUGCAUCUCCUGCCGAGCAUCCCUGUCCCAGCUCCUCCAUCCCUGUCCCAGCUUCUGCAUCCCUGUCCCAACUCCUCCAUCCCUGUCCCAGCUCCUCCAUCUGCUCCAGACCACCCCUUCCCCCAAAUCCCACCCUCAGAUCCCACCAGGUUUUGGCCACUGUCUUCCCACCCUCUGGCUGUCCCAGCCUCCUCCAGCCACCCCGCGUGUCCCCUCCGCUGUGCUGUCCCUGCUGCUGCCAUGCCACCGUGUCCCCAUGCAGCAAGCCAUGGCCUGGAGCACCGGCCAGGCCCCUGCACCGCAUUUCAGCAGUGCCACCAGGGCUUGGUGGGUGCCAUCAUCCCCGAAUGGCUGCAGCAUCCCCGUGCCCACUCGUGGAGGGGGCAGGACCGGAGGAGAGAUCUGCAGGAGCUUAAGCCCACACUCAAACCACACCUUUAAGCUCUUCCAAUCGCCCUGAGUCCAAAAUCUUUCCAGGACCCGCAUGGGCUAAGCUGGCGCUUCCAUGCAGACACGGUGCUUGGCUACUGCUCCCACGGGAGCCUUUGCCCACCAGCCACGCUCAUCCCACCAGUGUCCACAGCAAGGACCAGCCACCACUGGGUCCACAGGCCCCCCAGUCCCUCCCCACAGCUCUGGGUGCCCCAAGAUGUGCUGCUCCCCCUGCCC